UUUGUGUCAUAUUUCCCGGCCGAAGAAAUAGUUACUCCAAUAUUUUUUAUCGUAGUACUCGUUAAGUAGCACAGUUUCCGCUUUUAAUUAACACAUUAAUUAUGUAUUAAUUAGUGAGUGUAACAUUUAAGAUUAAGCCACAAGAAGCAGUGUAGAAAAUGGCAGUGCUCGGUGCACAAUUGGUGCUUACACUUUUAACGUUGAGUGUUAUACAAAAGAUAAGUCCACAUUUUUCCUUUGCCAAGUGGUUAUUAUGCGCGACAGGCCUUUAUAGAUAUUUACAUCCUUCGGACGAUGAGCUGCGUACGUUAGCUGGUGUACCUAAGGAGAAGCAUACGAAAGGUGGCGGCAAAGGUAAUAAGGGAUAUGAAGCACGAAAUGGCACAGGACAAUUUCACAUACCACGUAACUUAGAAGUGCAACUUGAGACAACACCAGUGGUGGCACGCGAUGUUGUGCAUCUCAGAUAUUACACCGAAUACCAGUGGCUGGUCGAUUUUAGCGUUUAUGCAGCAGUUGUGUAUAUUUUAUCAGAGGUCUAUCACUACUAUUUUCCACUGAAAAAUGAGUUCAACCUAAGCAUGAUUUGGUGCCUGUUGGUUGUCUUCUUUUCGCUCAAACUACUCUCGUCGCUUACAUGGUUGUAUUUUCAAAAUGAAGAGUCGAUCGGUGAACGUUCCAUGGUCAUAGUCGCCUGCUUAGUUUAUCUACUUAUUUCCAUGAUUGUGCUCAUUAUCGAUGAACGCCACCUUGAGACGGGGCUGGAACACGCAUACAGUAGCUUUAACGCGAGCGCUUCAGAGUUCCUUACGGCACAGGGUUUGCCCUCAUCUGGUCCCGCAUCCAAGCUGAUUGUGAAACUCUGCAUGGCAGUUUGUUGCGGCCUUUUAGGUGCAAUCUUCACCUUCCCAGGUUUACGCAUGGCAAAAAUGCAUUGGGACUCUUUGAAAUACUGUAGCGGUCGCAAAACAUUGCAACUGCUACUCAACAUCAGUUUUAUUUUGCCUUUCCUGCUGAUAAUACUCUGGAUCAGACCAAUAAGCAGAGAGUAUCUGACUGAGCGUGUAUUCGAGGGCAUGCAGAAACCAUUACUUUCAGUGGAGGCGUUUGAAACAAUGCGCCUGAUUAUUGUCGUUUUAGUAGUUUUACUACGUUUUGCCUUAAUACCCAUCUAUUUGCAAUCUUAUUUAAACCUAGCGCAUGACAAAAUUGUCGACUUACGCAAAGAAGCUGGUCGCAUUACAAAUGUAGAGUAUCAGAAGAAGAUUUCCUCUAUAUUCUACUACCUGUGCGUGGUCACACUGCAAUUCGCCGCACCGCUACUGCUCUGCUUAUAUCUCACUUUGAUGUACAAAAGCUUAGGUGAAUUUACUUGGGCUGGCAUACUGAAAAGCAGCAAUAGCAGCAGCAUUUGCACAGAUAUGUGUCCGUUAAGCGAGGCGCCUUUGGUCGCUGAUGAAGUGGAGUUGGCAAGUACGACAGCUUUGCCGCCAGUUGCCACAACAAUAAUGAGCAGCAUGCCGGCGUCCGAUAGUGGUGAACAUAUUCAGGGCGAAGAUUUCAAUAUUUUAGAAUCUGCAAAUGCUAUACAUGCGCAAUGGAUCAGUUUAAAAAAUGUUUUCAACGCCGACGUGUACAAAGGUUUUCUGGGCUUUGCUAGCUGGUGGAGUUAUUUUACACUUUUCACCUCUUCAGCUUUGGGUAUUGUGUACCAAUCAUAUUUUAGCACAACGUAAAACUGCAUAUGUGUUGACAGUCAAGAAUGCAUAUUUACAUUAUGUCGCAUUUUUUCGAAUUUGUUAUAAUUUUGAAAGUUUUUUUUAGCAUAUUAUGUAAUUUUUGUGCGCAUUUAGCAAUUU